AUGUUUAAGAUUGAGUCUUACAUCACCCCACUAUUGAUGGGAUAUGUUGACAAGUAUGUGAAGUUACGCCCAGAAGAUUUCCAGCUGUCACUGUGGGGAGGGGAUGCUGUCCUGAAUAACCUUGACCUUCGACUUGACAUGAUUGAACGGGCUAUUCAACUACCAAUCAUGUUUAAAAGCGGGUAUAUCCAUGAGCUGCGGAUUCAUGUUCCGUGGACAAAACUUGGGUCGGAACCAGUUGUUAUCACAAUUAACACUAUAGAGUGUAUUCUGAAACUCCGGGAUAAAGCUUACGAAGAGACCAGAGGGUCAAGGUCAAAGGAUCAGCGAAGGUCAAGGUCAUCCAAUCAGAUAAAAGCUAAGAGAACUGGAGAUGAAGCUUUGCCUCCAGGGUAUCUGCAGAGUCUGAUGAAUAAGAUUACUAACAAUGUUAGUAUCAUCGUCAACAACCUCAUCAUCAAGUUUGUUGAGGAUGACAUUGUUUUAUCUCUCAAUGUUAAGUCUGCUGAGUGCUACAGUGUAGACAAAAUGUGGAACAGGGCAUUUACAGAUUUGUGUGCUCCAGAUUUUACACUGCGUAAGUCUGUCAAGUUUUGUGACCUGACUGUUUGUCUAGAUAAAUGUGAUGCUAGUGGCAGGAUAGAGACAUAUCAAGACCCACUCAUUUACCGAUGCUCUGUGACAGGACGAAUAUACACAAAAUAUGACAGUGUCACAUCCAAGCUUCCUAGUAUUACAAAGAUGGAUGUAUUUUGUGACAAACUUGAUGUAUCAUUGACUGACACACAGCUGCCAAUGUUUUUCCGCCUAAUUGAACUGUGUAUGGCGCUGUACUAUGGUACAAGGGAGUAUCCUACUGACACUGAACCAGCUCCGAGUGUAAUCACUGAUUCUGAUACUCAAGGACAAGAAGAACCUUCAGAAGAAGAUAUGUCGGUUUCCAAUGAUCCAAGUGGUGAUGAACAGGGGUGGGCAUCGUGGGCGUGGUCCUAUGUACCACAAAUACUACCUUCAGAGGAAGAAGAGGUUUCAGAAGCUGCAUCAACUCCUAAGAAAAGAUCUCCUCCCGUUCUCUCUGUAGGGAUGUAUGCUCAUAAAGCAUCUGUCACAUUCAAGUUGACUGAAGUCCUGAAAGACAAGCACCAGUUUGGGCCAAAGAAGACUGCAUUCCGUCCUUUUCUCCUUCUUGAAGGGGAGGGCAUUGCCAUGGAGAUUCUUCUCCGAGGCCUAGCUUUCUUUGAUGUGAAAGUUGGAUUCUCAAACUGUCAACUUUUAAGCCAAGGACACUGCAUAUGUGGAGCCCAAGACGAGGGAGAUUCAAGGAGUCAGAUUCUGCUCCAAGGAGGAAAUCCUCUUCAGACAAAGACUGUCCUAAACUACUACAGCCAGUCGUUAUUUGAUCUGGGAUGUCCAGUCAAUCACGAUGAAGAACUCCAGUUUGUGUUUGACUUUGACGAACACCUUCAGAUCAAUUCCGAGCAAUAUGCUACAGAGAGAUUUGGUGUUUUCUUUGUUGACUAUCUCUACACUAUGCCUGAUUCUAGCACCCAGACCAAGCAAGAAAGCAGUAAGUCCUCUGUGACAUCUGAUAUGGAGGAUGAAGUGUUUCUCAAGGAAAACUCUCUGAUUCGUUACAUCGUUGGACUGGUUCAUCUGAAUGUAUCAUCAUCAGCUGUUCAUAGAAUCCAGAAGUUUAUCAGCUGUUCAAAAGACCACACAUAUGACCCUUAUGCUAAGGUCAAGCCAGAGGUUGUUGACGAGAGCUUUCCGCCCCCGACACCAGAGCAAGUGAGAUCACUGGAGUCUUUCAUACCUACAAGUACUAAGCAUCUGACUCUAAUCAAACCUUCAGCAACCAUUUUCUACGCAGAACAUCCGAGCUGUGAUGUCAAGAAGAAAAACUACCAUACCUCACACAGUCUGCGUCAGAACAAGGAAGAUCCAUCCAAACAGUCCAUGACCAAUCUGCCUUGUAUUGCCAUAUCCUGUAAUAGGCUAGACUACCAGAUUAGUUAUGCUAUGUAUCCCAGGAAACUUGUGAGGCUAGUCAGCAAAACGGUCGGUCCAUCACCUAAUCUUCUCCAUCACUGUUACUCACACACACAUUUGAAGCUCUUUGGAUUGAGUGCUGGACUUGUACAAAUAGACAAAGCAAGCACAAAGUCUCCUCUUGUAACAGUUAUGCCCCCUUGUAGUGGAGCUCUCUACAUGAAGAAGUUACUGCUGCCUAUGUACUGGAAAAGUGCUCACCACAUCAAAGGAGAACAACUUUACCAGCUCCCUCAGGUCUCCAUCAACUUUAACAAGGCCAAUCUAUUGCUAGGGAUACAAAUCUGGUUGUCAUGGCAACAGAAAUCUCCAAAACCGUCAGUUUUGCUAGACAAUAGUCUCAUGGAAGAUAUAUUCCAAACAGACAAACCAGGCAGUACCGGAAAUCCUGUUCUGGAGGUGUCUUUAUCAGGACUGGAGCUGAAAAAAUGUCGGACAGCAAGUGUAACAUCCUACAGUGGAACUUUAUCAUCAAUACAGGUUAUAAUGUAUGACAUUGAUGGUACCAAGCCAAGCCCGCUUCUGUAUGCUCCAGCCAGUACAAGCCGACUCUAUUCUACAGAAUUCUUCCACAGCCCCAACCUUGAGGAUAAAGACGAGGAUUUCUUGAUAUUUACCAUCCAGCUGCCGAAUAAACCCAACACCACAGAUGUUCCAAGUGUUCUCCUGCUCAAUAUGGAGGGUGUGGUGUGUUUGCUCGACCCAUCUCUUAUAAAUUGGUUCUCCUACACUCCACGUGACAAAGUGAAACUCUCCAAUCAUGGGAGGGAGAAAGUGACAGUGGACAAGUCUCUGGCAAAUGUGGCGUUACCCCUUAAGACAAAUGCUUCUCAAGUUUCCCUGGCCUCCUCUGGCUCUGUGACACCUAACACAGAUACACCAACUGUUACACGAUCACAUGUCCCCACCACCACCCAUGGGGAAGAAAGUCAGAAAGACGAGGAAACAUCUGGUUGCGACCUUUCAAACAAGCUAGCCACUUUAUUCCCAUAUGUCAGAAUGCUUCAAGUUCAGGUGGACAUCAAGAGCUGCUGUGUGUUUGUAAACAAGAGCCCAAUGUCAGUUCCUGAUCCUAGUGUUUACAUACCCCAGAACUUCCUGUCUGUAAUGGAACAAAACAUUGCCAUGGGGACUAUGGUCAUUUGUCUCCCUAACCUACAUUUGGUCAGUUCAGGGGUCAAACAGGUGCAUGCUUUGCAGGAGAUCCCCAUAUCCUCGAUGGAUGGGUCACUCGUCGGUGAAAAACUGCCAUGGACAAUGACCUUGAACAACUUCAGCAUCUACACAAUACAUUCCAAAAAGGAAAUCUUCUCCAUUCUCAAACCAGUGUCAGUCAACUGUACAGUGGCGGUCAGUACCAAGUACUCUCCACCGACCUCAGAUAACCUCUCAGCCCUGGGACUUUGUCUCCACACUGAUAUGAGGAGUGUCACACUGGCUUGCUCUAAACGGCAGGUCCACUUAUGUCUUUCCAUUGUAAUUUGGCUGAAAACGCUCCUCAAGCAAGGACUUGCAUUCACCAAAAGUAUCCUUAAACCUGAAAAGGUCAAAACCACUUUGACCCCGAGGUCAGGUCAAAAGGAGCCAGGUAAACCACCUAGUAUUCAGAGGGAACAACUGAAUAUGACAUCUAUCACAGAAGAUGUUGAGCAAACUGAGACAGGAACCUCAGGAGAUUUCACAUCAAGGGAAACAACUCCAAUUCGGGACAUGCUCAUGGAGGAUAUGACUGACAGUGGAGUAAAACUGUCACUUUGGCUUCAGUGGACAUUACCCAAAUUUGAAAUAAACUUUUACCGACUGGGAGAAGGGGCAGAACAAGAUACAAAGGUCAGCCUGGUUAUGGAGGAUCUGAUGACCUCAGUUGAUGUCGAGGUCAUUUAUGCAAAGGUCAAGGUCACUUGUGGAGGAUGUUUUAUGCACCAUUACAGUAGAGAUCGUGAGAGCUCCACUGGCUGGUCAAAGGGCACAAAUCUAGGAAUCUUGAUGAGUUCGCAGAAGGAAUUGGCUAGUAGCAUUCAUGUGGUAUCAAACAAGGUUUGGUCAUGUGACACACAGACUUCUCCCGCUCACAACUUCAUGAUGGGCGAGUCCAAUACACGAGAGGUUAAUCGUCGUUUCGUUAACCUCACGUUUACACGGGCAUUGUGCAAAAAUGUGAAACAAAAGUUACGAAAAAUAAACGCCGACAUGGUUGGUUUACCAGAUGUUGGAGUUGAAUCUGCUAAUGAGCUCUAUUUCCAUAACCACAUUUCAGAGGUUUGUCUCAGUCUGGAACCUUGUGACUUUGUUUUCAACAUUCCAGCUCUUUUAACUGUCAUAGACUGUUUCAUUCCGCCAAGUGUUCAAAAGUCUGGAUCGUUACCAAAGAACUUAACUCCUAAACCAGUCAGUCCUAAUACAAACUUUAUUCCUGUUGUGACGUCAAGCCUUCUCCCUUUACUCUAUGUUGAUAUGGCUAGCAUAAGAGUGUUUAUGCCUGUCAAACAUUUGUGUGACCAGGAUAUCACAUCUCAGGAUGAAAAACGCAGAAGAGCCAAAAGUACUAUGGACCAUGAUUUGAUCGUGGGAUUCAUACACUCUAUUACUGUCACACCACAUGCAGACAACCCGUUGCCACGUUAUGCAAAUGAGAAAGAAUUGUACAGCCGAGCAAUGCAUCAUGGGAUAGAUAGAGUGCCAGGAUCAUCCAUUGAGAACCGACAGUACCAGAUGGAAUUCAGAGGGCUUUCUCUAUGUACAGGAUGCUGGGCCGACUUUUCGGAGAGACAAAUGAAUGUGGAACAGUGUGAGAUAGGUACACCCACUAUACAGAUGCCAGCCCUGGAAUGGAAUACUCUACUCAAACCACAGUCAGAGAAAAUGGAUAUACAAUUGAUCCCCCUGGUGGCAAGUCUGGAUAUGAAAAUUGUAGCAGCUCCGGCAAUCACCUACACCCCAAGGGACCACAGUCAGACUCCAAUUUUGGUAUGUGGACACACUAUAGAACUGAAUGCCUCUAGUGACAUUGAUUUUGUCAUCAGCACCAAUCAGAUUCACCUUCUGGAACGCUUGAUCAGCCAAACAAAGGCUGUGUUACUACCAUCGAAGACAGAAAGGCCAGUUGAAGAAACAGACAAAGUGGAAGAGGUCAAAUCCGAUCAAAUGACCUAUGAUAGUGGUAUUGGAAGCGAGAUUUCAGCUUUGACCUUCAAGAAAGGUGUGUCCCCCGUCCCCACACAGCACACGACAACACUUGUUCAGAGUCCAAAGUUUGUGACCCCAUUUGACCUUUUGUUAACAGCAGGUCGUAUAUCAUGUACUGUGUACACACACAAGCUUCUGAAGGAGGAUUACCAUGACAACCACAUGAAAGACAAGGCUGAUACAGGAAGAAGUGGUGAAUCUUCACCAAACAAAUCAGGUGCUGAGGAAAACAGACCAACCUACUCCUUUUUGAAUAUUCAUGAUGUGAAGACAGAGAGUGAAAAGGUCAUAAGGUCAGGAAGCUGUGUGAUUCAGCCGUUCCUCUACCUGUAUUUUUCCCAGCCACAUACAGUUCUGAAAUGCCAACAGGAGCAGCAGACGUUUGAAAUGUCCUGCUACGAUAUUCUCAUCAAAGGACCUACCACAGAUUUCAUCGAUACAGACGAUACCAAGAUCAUACCUGAUUGUUCCGACUUCCACCUGUACUGGAUAGAGACACGGGCGGGGAAGCCUCACCCUAACACUGGGAUUCCACCUAGUCUGUAUACACUUAGAAUCAGUAACUUCUUAAAGGAUGCAGCAUGCAUCAACUUGAAGGUGGAGCGACCCUUGAAGGUGAAUCUAAGUGAAGAAAAACUUAACCAGGUGGAGCAGUUUGUUGCUGACUUACUACCAACAAGCAGAGCGAAAGGUCAAGCAUCAGAGGUCAAGGACACAGUGACUAGCAGCAGACAUCAGGGUCAAGGCCAUCAACAUGACCUUGUCCAUGUUGUGCUGUCUAAACUUGAAAGGUUAGAACUACAAACGGAUCAAAUUGUGAUAUCCAUGGAAACCAGUCCAGACCUGGAGAGUUCAGGGAUAAUAGGAUUGGUGGAUGGAGUGAGGUUGGAGAUGAGUCUGGAUCAGUUAGACACAGGAGGUUUAGAAUGUGUGGAAGCCUAUAUACACCUGAAAGACAUCACGGUGAAGACUAUUUAUCAGAAACGUCCGCGCACUCUCAUCCACCCAUGUAGUGUCACUGUAGAUGCCAUCUUGGAAUGGUACAAGCAUUCUGAUUUGCAGUCACAGAUUUCAACACUUUCUGCUACCAUAACAACUGGUCUUGUGACUGUUACGAUUGGUCAGGAGCAUUUCAUGUGUUUGACAAGUCUACAAAAACAGCUGCAGAGGCUGUUAAAGAAAAAACCAAACACAAGUGGAAAGUUUCCAAGGAAAGAUUUUCCAACAGGAAAGAAGGAGGACUCUAAACUGGAGGAAGAUCUGAUUGUUGAGCAGACGACAGAUGAUCUGCGAUCAGGACAGUUUCAGUAUGUCCAAAAUCCAGAUCCUGAAGUGGAGGCUAAUUCAGGGGAGAUAAUUUUCUGUAGUCAUGACAGUGCUGGAGACAGUUACAUGGCUUGGUGCUAUGAUGUACCUAGAGUUAUCUCCCAUGUCAAGUUCACUCCCAUCCCUUUUAAUGUGCCCCAUCAGGCAGAGAAGUCAGAAACACUGAUUCCCUGUACACUGCAGUACCAGGACAUUGCCUCCCAGCAGUUUCUUCCAUAUGUUGAUUUUGAGCUUUCGGAAGACACACAGACAGUCCUUCAGCUGCCAGAGGUCAAGGUCAUCAAUGUGAGGGAUCUGGUGGUUGCCCAGACAUGGCGGGUUGUCAUUCAUAACAGCAUGAUUGCUGAAAACUGUUCAGAUGAGGAGGAAACAUCUUCUACAUCUGACCUGGCAAUUUUCCCAGAAUCCCUUGCUGCUUCAAUGUGUGUAGACUCUUGCUACGUCCCAAACCUCAUACCAUACCUCCAAGUCUAUCUGUCUGUCCCUGCUGUUGAAGUGCACUUCCAGAACCACAUGACCUACUUAGGGAAAGAUAUACCAGAGAAGCUACAACCAUUCACAUUCGACGAAAGUUGUCUGGAAGAGGAGGAGUUUGCUGUCGUCUCCUCACGUCAGAUGACUGUUACUGGGUCACUUCUAAAUGGACCUCAUGCUAGUACCUGUAUACAGAUGAACUGUAUAACAGAGUUGGAGGUCAUUGAGUACAAAACAUUGACAAAACAGGGCAUGGUGAAGCCAUUCGAGAUGUUUGGGGAUAUCACCUUUACACCACACUUAUCUCGCCCCUUGGUGGAGAGUAAUGUAACUGUUAAUCCGAUGAUGCUGUCUGUUGGAUGUGGGACCGUUCACACACUCAGUAAGGCUGCACAGGCCUGGAGUCAGAUGCUGUCAGACAGUGAGGACAGAUCCCGGGUUGUAUACAGCCACUAUGUCAUAUGUAAUGAUACACACAACUCGAUCAGAUUUGGACAAGUUGGGACGGACGAGAACCUCGUGCUGAUGCCAAGGAAGAUGCACUGUUAUAGCUGGCGAACCCACAAGUCAAAGCAGCAACUUCAUGUAUGCCUGGAUGGCAAAGUGUGGAAAUGGUGUGAGCCAUUUGAUGUGGACAGCGUUGGUCAAGUUGUGCGGUCAGUACGUACAAAUGAUCAGAUCUACAGCCUCAUCAUCUACAUCACACAGCUGACCAAUGUCCAGAAACAGAUAAAGGUCAGAGGUCAACUGAUGCUGUUCAGCUGUUUGACAUUACCUUUUGAGGUCAAGGUCAAGACUACAACAAAUAAUGAUGGAUUUGACCAUGAGCUCCAUCACAAUAAAAAAUUGCCCUCGUUUGUCCUUGAGCCUGAAGAGGUGAUAAGCAUCAAGCUCCGCCCACUAGGUUCCCAUGGCAACUGGUCACAUGAUAUACAUAUCACUGGAGACAGAAUGAAGGAGAAAAGAACUGUAAAAAUCCAACAAGCAGAUGCUUCCCACUUCCAUAUAUGGUGUAGGGUCCUCUGCUCUCAUUACAAAAGUACAAUCAACACGAAGAAGAAAAAGUAUGUAACAGCUAGUCAGCGGAUGGUACUGCUGAGCCCUCUCUUUGUGCUGCGGUCACAUCUACCACGGCCAGUGUUUGUACAAAUAGACACCCCAAAACUGAAAACACAACAACAGCUGGAGAUUCCUGGUCAAGGGAGAGAACUCCAGUUAUGCUGUUCUGGAGCGGAUGUAUCUCACUCUUUAUCCUUUAAACUCAAGAACAGGGAGAUGGUCAGCCAGGCUCUCACACUGACCACUGGCCUUAUUGACCAGGUAGAACGUACGGCCAUCAGUAAGCAAAACCCAGAUGAUCUUUCAGAUGUGUGGAAGGUGGUGCCCCCUACAGAUUGGCCUUACUGUUCCCAGAGCUAUGACAGCUAUGGUGAUGAGGCAGUGUAUUCGGCUCCACAUGCUGGAAGCUGUACAGAAUCGGUGGAUGUCCCUGAUGUGGACUCAGCUGACCUCUCUGUGACCUUCAACAUUCAUCUGUCUGAAUACUGGCCGGGAGCCAACACACUACUGGUCAACUUGUCGCCCUGGUGCCUGAUGACCAAUCAAAGUGACCUUGACCUCAUUGUUAUGGACACCACUGGGUCACAAUGGACAUUACCGUCAGGGAAAACAUACAGUCCUCCAAGGUUUCAGGGGGAGAUAAUGCUGGGUUUAAGGAUCGGCAGCGGUGUGGUAUGUACAGGAAGUAUUCCCUUAUCUGAUGAGGAAGUAGACCUACAGCGAUAUCGCCCUGAUAUAGGUCAGGUGUUGUAUCUCGACGGAUAUGUACACACCCGUAUCACUGUCACAGAAGCUAGUGAGAUCAAGGUGUACCUUCUCACUGUCCAGUCAUCUGUUCGCCACAGGAUGAGAGUGAUUACUAUCCUAGAGUCUAUCUGCAUAACCAAUUUAACAGGACAGUCCUACAAGGCAGUGUUACAGUGUGCUUGUCCAAGGAUGGGACAGAUUCAAAGAACGAUUCUAGGUGAUUCGGCCUGGAUUAGCUUUCCUGACCAUUCAAAGGUCAGUAAACAGGACACAGACAUUUAUCCUCUUCCCGUGUGGUCACUGGACAAUUCACAGGGCAGUGACCUGCUUCAGGAAGAAGAUUCAUUGGUUCAUUACAUGUUCCUUCAACCAAUCAAAACAGAAGAAUGUGUCAAUGAUUCUGAUUGGUCAAAUCCAGUACGACUUCUGGCCAAUAAAAAUGCAGUUCGGACUACAGUUUCUGUCCCCAAUAGAAAGCCAGGACGAAUGACAGAGCCAUUGUGUAUCACAGGGCAGGAGAGGAAUGGUGUGGCCUACUUUGUGAUGCGGAAGGAUAAUUCACCAUCUUGUCUACUGCAGAAUGCAACCAAUGUUCCACUGUACUAUGGCCAUCAAAACGCCAACAUCAUAGCCCCAAAUAUUACGGUGCAGGAGGAGACGGAAUUAUUGGGAGGACCUCCAUUUAUUCCCGAGGGUCAAAAUGUCUUCUACACACCAAGCCUAAUCAAUGGUAUAUUUGGUGAAGACAUUUCCAACUCUCUCAUCCCAAGUCUACAUUUUGCUGUGAACAGUAAAGAUCUCCGCAAUCUAACGUCAGCUCAAGUCGGAAACGCUGAAAAAAGUCCUGAUGAAAAGUGUCUAAUAUGGAGUCGUGCAAUUGAUGUAAACUCUAAAAUGGAAAUGUUUGUGCCUAUUCCUGGAUGUUUUGAUGUCAAGGUCAAGGUCAUGAAAGUUGCCAUGGUGACAUUCAUUACCAUAGAACCAAUCAGCAAAGCUGAAGUAUCCGCCAAAGAAAUCCGCAGUCGUCUGACAGGACAGGAAAAGACCGUUACCAGAGUAGCAGAGGAAAUCCCUUCGAACUCUCAUGACACUUAUAUACAUCAAGAAAAUAUUUCUGAGAAUUUACAGGAAAUUGUGUUCAAACCUACAGCCCCAAGUAUGGAUAUAACAGUUGGUGUGAGAGUAAGACAUCUCACUGUCUCCCUGAAAGACGAGACAUCAAGUUCUGUAGAAGUCUCCGAAGUUCUCCGAGUUUCCAUUGAUGAACUUUUUGUGGCUUAUUACCCUUCUGGACAGAUUUCUAUAGAGGAAUCGGAAAGUCACUCAUGCAUAUCUGCAUGCGUCGGGGUCAUUCAGUUGGACAAUCAACUGUUCCAUACUAAAGGCUUGUAUGACUUCCCUGUACUGUUCUUACCACAAAACAUUCCCGACCCAUCACAACUCACACUGCCCAGUCUUCAGAAUCUCAGUAUAUCGGAAAAGUUUGCAGUCCUCAAAUCCGUGAGUUUUCUACAUUUUCAAAUAGUCCAAGGAACAACUAUCUUGGACAAUUCCGUGACCAAGAGGGUGGAAUUUGGUCUACAAGCAGCAAUAGCUAAUAUUGACGAUGGGUUUAUUUUGAGAUUUCUAAAGGAAGUCGAAAGUUUGAUACCAACGAAACUUUCACAUUCCAGUGGGACAAGAAGUGAUAUUUUUGUAAAAAAAUUACCAAAGUCUUUCAGAAAUAUAUCAACAUCCCUCAGCUGUCCUGUGAAAAUUGAGCAUCUCUGCAUUCAGCCAAUUAACUUGCUCUUUAGCUUACAUGCAUCUCUAAAACUCUUCAUAGCUUCAGAUCGUACACCACUGUCCUUUGGGAAGUUUGAACGCAAGGACGUGUGUGGUAUUUCACAUCAAGUCAUUAGAGUGUUGGCUAUGCAUUAUGCUACUGGAGCACUGUUUCGGGUCGGAAUUGUGGUGGGAUCCUUGGAAAUCUUAGGAAACCCAACAGGUCUUAUACGGAGUAUUGGAACUGGAGUGGCUGACCUGGUUAAAAUGCCUUACACUGGUUUAACUCGUGGACCGGGGGCAUUUGUGUCCGGCGUGUCACAUGGCAUGACUUCCUUUGUCAAAAACAUUUCCUCAGGUAUGAUAAUGUCCGUGACAAGUUUUGCCUCCAGUGUAUCUCGAAACAUGGAUCGCCUUUCCCUCGAUCAAUAUCACCAGGAACGACAAGAGGAAAGACGUCGACAACAACCACAUGGGAUUUCCAGUGGUCUAAAACAGGGACUUACCGGGUUUGGAAUGAGUUUAUUAGGGGCUGUGGCUGGACUCGCGGAUCAGCCUAUCCAGAAUAUCAUUUCAAAUCAGGAUGCCAGUGAGCGCCCAAAGUCCACAUCAGCAGCUGCUACAGGGGUGGUGACAGGGGUGGGUAAGGGCCUGGUCGGGGCCGUCACUAAACCCAUAGGUGGAGCUGCAGAGUUUGUAUCACAAACUGGACAAGGAAUUCUUCUGGGAACUGGGCUGGCUGCAGAUUCACCCAAAGUGCGAUAUGCAGCAGAAGUUCAACUUGUGUCAUCAUUCCGUGGAUGUAGACUGAAAUACUUCGGGAAAUUGCUGCAGUCUGUGUCCCCUAAUGACCUCCUGAUAUCUACAUCUGCGACCUUUCUUGACCCCACUGGGUCAGAACUCAGUGUUGACCUGCUGGUAACAAAUGAACUGCUUGUUGUCAUGAACUGUGAAGAGGAUUGCCAACAACAAGCCUUUUCAUUGGCUGAAUUAGAAAUUAGUCAGAAACCUGGAAACCGAAAUCUACUGACUCUGCUAUGGAAAGACCGCUUCCAUCAGGCAACAAGGGAGUUUGAGAACGAAAGCAAAAACAGAGUUGAAGCUUUUAUAGAUGGUGCUGCUGAUUACGUUCAUGUGUCACCACCAAGAUCGCCGACAAGAGUCGAAAGUCUGUCUGAUUUGUCAGCCUCUCCAUCAGGUGAAGGAGGGGUUGUCCCCCAUUUCCAUUUCCUCUUGGAUGUUUGUCAAAAAGAAGCUUUCAUUAGCACAUUCAACCUGGCAAGGAAGAGAAACCAGGGCCUAGGAUUUACCUUUUAAUACGACUACACUUGGCUCUUCAGGUCAGUGCUGUGUUUUACGAACUUGGUGUGAUGGACAAAUCCGGGCCUUGGAUUUGCAGCUUUUUAUGUCUGCUCAGGUCAGACCGUGUUUUCUGACCCCGGCUUGAAAAAGAAACCAGGUUCUAAGGUUUUAUAAGCCUGUUUGCAUAUUUUACAACAAUUUCUCUCAUGUCUACCAGUGUGAUACUGUCUGUCCAGAGCAAUACACGCAACCACUCAUACAAUACAGGCACGUGUGUGUAGAAAUGUGAUGUGUCUCUUAGCAACUGACAUCAUCACCUGAUACAAUGUAUACACACUUGUGUACAAGUGGUUAUUUAGUGUAGUGACAGUUUCUAAUUUGCUUUAAUUUUCUAAGGCAAACUUUCUUGGCCAAAUCUGGGUAUAAAGAAUACAUUUUCUGCGUCAAUUUCUUGACUGAUUACAAAAUAAAAAAAUUUGAUUUUUGUGUCAGAUGGUAUCUUUGGUAGUACAUGUGUGAAGCUCAUAUUUUUUCAGUAUUUUAGAAUGAGAUAUGAGAGAAAAACAAUCUUUUAUUUGUCAGGGGUGAUGGGAUAUUUCACCCUUUAGGUCACAAAAUGUGGUAAAACCCUUGGCAAAGCCUCGGGAUGAUUUGUGACAUUUUGUGACCUUUUGUGCAGAAUAUCCCUAUCCGACACCAAAACAUAUGAAAUAGUCUUAUGAAACCUCUCCUUGGGUCAAUAUUGUGUUUGAUGAACCUGGCAUGGGGCUGAAAAUAGGGUCGGAGAUUUACUGUACUUUACAACUGAUGUUUCUGACUGUGUUUUAUCAACCUGCUUGGAGAAUAAGUGGAUGUUGCCGCAGGUCAAUAUUGUGUUUCCUGAAUCUAGCCUGGUGGAGAAAUCACAGUCCAAGGUUCACUCUACAACUACAUGUUAUGGGCAUUUCUUUGGGUGUCUGUGAUUCAUUGACCUAGUAAAGAAGAUUAGUGAAUUGGGGUCCUGGAUUUAUAUAUGAACCAAGGAAACAUUCUCCAUCAUUGUAUUAACAAAACAUUGUAAAUGUGUAUUGAUCACUUGAAAAAAAGGGGAAAAAAGAAAGAAAUUAGUGAUAUUUUUAUAAUAUAUCACAUUCACUUUAACAAUCGGUUUUCUGCUGUCGAUACUUGCUGAUAUAGAAAGACCAAUUUUUGAUGAAUGUUGUAUGUUGAAAUUGUAUAUUUUCGUGGCACUCAGAUUUCAUGGUUUUCCAAAGAAAAAUUCUAUUGGUAUUUGUUUGUUGACAAAUCUUACUCACAAAAUUCACUAGUACGACGAUCCAUGUCAAUGUUUAUAUUUUGUGAAGGUAUAAAUUCGUGGAUUUAGAACAUGGUGAACCUCUAGUCAGUUCGCAUAGGCAGGUAGUUUGAAUUCAUGAUACUUUCAAUAAAAACAAUAAUUUUGGGGUCUAUAGUGAUAAUUCAAACCCAUUCUAGUCUUGUUAUGAUUUUGGACAAUGUGGAUUCUGAAAGUUCAAAUUUUAGUUUAUUUUCACAAGCAAAAUUUUGUUUAAUUGAACAAUUUCAACGAUAUUUAUUUAAUAUUCGGACUGACUAAAGGUUUAUCAUACCCACCUACUGAACAAAAAUAAAUCCUCCAAGAAGAGGGAUUUAAACAAACCUAUGUAGUUUAUCCUUUUUGUUUUUUGUCUUUCACUCCUUAAUAAUUAUAAUGUGACGACCACAAUAAUCAUACAACAUGAGAUGAUAUGUAAUAAGUUGUUUCUUCCAAACAUAGAAAGUAAGUUUAAGAAGUUAGGAUGUAUAACAAAGUUUAAUCGUAGAACAUUUAUACAAUUUUUGCUUGUACAUACAAUAUAUGAUACAUGUACUUUAGGAAACCUACAGAAUUAUUGAAGUGACUUUUUCCCUUAAACUUCUGGCAAUACCAUUUUGUUCGUGAGAAUGCAUGAGAAUACGAGUACUUUACAUGAAUACACGACACAACACAAGACGUAUGCGAGUUCUCCUAACCAUGGUUUGCUGUUGCCCCUUACAGCACAGGCAUGAGACUUGUAUAAUAGUUCUCGCUAUAGCAAUAUUUCGUUUGUUCAUGAUUGUCAGCGAAUUCAUUGAAUAGAAACAUAUGAGAGUGUGACUUGUGGAAUUUAAAAAAUGAUUGCUAAUACAAGUAUUUAAAUAGAAUAAUCCAUCCCUUACCUUGUAGCAGUGGGAAGGUUACAAUGGUUUAUCGUUAACUAAUAAUAAACUAAGUCAGACAACGCGUUUAGUCUGACCUGACUACACGUUUAGUCUGACCUGACUACACUUUUAGUCUGACCUGACUACACGUUUAGUCUGACCUGACUACACUUUUAGUCUGACCUGACUACACGUUUAGUCUGACCUGACUACACGUUUAGUCUGACCUGACUACACAUUUAGUCUGACCUGACUACACAUUUAGUCUGACCUGACUACACUUUUAGUCUGACCUGACCACACGUUUAGUCUGACCUGACCACACAGUUAGUCUGACCUGACUACACAUUUAGUCUGACCUGACUACACGUUUAGUCUGACCUGACUACACGUUUAGUCUGACCUGAUUACACGUUUAGUCUGACCUGACUACGCUUUUAGUCUGACCUGACUACACGUUUAGUCUGACCUGACCACACAUUUUGUCUGACCUGACCACACAUUUAGCCUGACCUGACCACACAUUUAGCCUGACCUGACCACACAUUUAGCCUGACUUGACCACACAUUUAGUCUGACCUGACCACACAUUUAGUCUGACCUGACUACAUGUUUAGUCUGACCUGACCACACAUUUAGCCUGACCUGACUACACGUUUAGUCUGACCUGACCACACAUUUAGUCUGACCUGACUACAUGUUUAGUCUGACCUGACCACACAUUUAGCCUGACCUGACUACACGUUUAGUCUGACCUGACUACACUUUUAGUCUGACCUGACUACACGUUUAGUCUGACCUGACUACACGUUUAGUCUGACCUGACCACACAUUUAGUCUGACCUGACCACACGUUUAGUCUGACCUGACUACACUUUUAGUCUGACCUGACUACACGUUUAUCUGACCUGACCACACAUUUAGUCUGACCUGACCACACAUUUAGUCUGACCUGACUACACGUUUAGUCUGACCUGACUACACGUUUAUCUGACCUGACCACACAUUUAGUCUGACCUGACCACACAUUUAGCCUGACCUGACCACACUUUUAGCCUGACCUGACCACACAUUUAGCCUGACCUGACCACACAUUUAGCCUGACCUGACCACACAUUUAGUCUGACCUGACCACACAUUUAGUCUGACUUGACCACACAUUUAGCCUGACCUGACCACACAUUUAGUCUGCUCUGACCACACAUUUAGCCUGACCUGACCUCACAUUUAGCCUGACCCGACCACACAUUUAGCCUGACCCGACCACACAUUUAGUCCGACCCGACCACACAUUUAGUCCAACCCGACCACACAUUUAGCCUGACCUGACCACACAUUUAGCCUGACCUGACCACACAUUUAGUCUGACCUGACCACACAUUUAGUCUGACCAAGCCAUUGGUGGAACUGUGAUUGAUUGAAGGUUUCCAUUGUUUUUAUUGUGACAUCAUAACUUCAUUACAUCAUGGCAUUGUGAUGUCAUUGAAGAAAUAGAUUAUCAUAAGAAUUCCACUGAGAUUUCAAAUCAGUCUUAUAUUAUUUUAUACCGUAAUCAAAUGCUUGAAAUUAGUACCUACAUUUUGUAAUUAAUAGAAUCUGCAUAUAACAUUUAUGAAACUUGUCACCUAUUUUUUUCUAUUAAAUAACCAAAUG